AUGACACCAUCACCAAUUAGCAAUCAUGCAAAAAUCGAAAAUGAACUUGUUUCUGCCUUAGCAAGUCGUAUUCUUAUUAUUGAUGGAGCGAUGGGUACUAUGAUUCAACGAUGUAGAUUAGAAGAAUCAGAUUUUCGUUCUAAUGAAUAUCAAUUGGAUAAGCAUAUACAUAAUUUGAAAGGAAAUAAUGAUUUAUUAUCGAUAACUCGUCCUGAUGUUAUUUUGGACAUUCAUCGACAAUAUUUAGAGGCCGGAGCUGAUAUUAUUGAAACAAAUACCUUCAAUGCUCAAUGUAUAUCACAAGCUGAUUAUGGUCUAGAACAUUUGUCGUAUCAAUUAAAUCUGAAAUCAGCUCAACUAGCAAGACAAGCAGCAGAUGAAUUCACAGAAAAAACUGGUAUUCGACGAUUUGUUGCUGGUGCUUUAGGUCCAACAAAUAAAACGUUAUCAAUAUCGCCAUCAGUAGAUAAACCUGAUUUUCGAAAUAUAACGUUUGAUGCUAUUGUUGAAGCAUAUACAGAACAAGCACGUGCUUUGAUUGAUGGCAAUGUUGAUUUAUUAUUAAUUGAAACUAUAUUCGAUACAGCUAAUGCAAAAGCAGCUAUAUUUGGAUUGAAAGUUUUAUUUGAAACAUAUCCUGAAUUAGCUAGACCAAUACUUAUUUCGGGAACCAUUGUUGAUUUGAGUGGUAGAACAUUAUCUGGUCAAACUGUUGAAGCUUUUGUUAUAAGUGUUUCGCAUGCUAAUCCGAUAUGUCUCGGCUUAAAUUGUGCGUUGGGUCCAAAUGAAAUGCGGCGAUUUUUAGAAGAGAUUUCUAAUAAUACUUCAGCAUAUACUAUUUGUUAUCCAAAUGCUGGUCUACCAAAUACAUUUGGCGAAUACGAUGAAACACCUGAAUCAAUGGCUCAACAUGUAGGUCAUUGGGCUCAUGAUGGACUACUCAAUAUUGUUGGUGGGUGCUGUGGAUCGACUCCUGAUCAUAUAAAAGCCAUAGCUGAGAGUGUCAAAAGAUAUUCGCCGAGAGUGCCACCAAAAAAUUUACAUAGCGAAGACAUGCUUCUGUCAGGUCUUGAACCAUUUUGUAUUUCUCGUUAUACAAAUUUCGUUAAUAUUGGUGAACGAUGUAAUGUUGCUGGUAGUCGUCAAUUUCUUCGCUUACUAAAAGAAAAUAAACUCGAUGAAGCUCUUCAGGUUGCGAAAAAUCAAGUUGAAUCGGGUGCACAAAUUCUGGAUUUAAAUAUGGACGAAGGAAUGAUUGAUGGACAAUUGUUAAUGGCGAAAUUCAUUAAUCUUCUUGUAUCAGAACCUGAUAUAUCACGAGUACCUUUAUGUAUUGAUUCGUCGAAUUUUGCUGUCAUUGAAGCGGGUCUUAAAUGUACACAAGGAAAAUGUAUUGUUAAUUCAAUUUCAUUGAAAGAAGGUGAAAAAGAUUUCCUUGAUAAAGCAAGAAAAUGUAAAAAUUAUGGUGCUGCAGUUGUUGUGAUGGCAUUUGAUGAGCAAGGACAAGCAACCGAUAUUGAACAAAAGUGUGCCAUAUGUAAAAGAAGUUAUGACUUAUUAGUCAAUGUUGUGAAAUUUAAUCCGAAUGAUAUUAUAUUCGAUUCGAAUAUUUUGACUAUUGCAACAGGCAUGGAGGAACAUAAUGAGUAUGCAAUAAAUUUUAUUGAAGCAAUUAAACGUAUUAAAGUAAGUUAG